AUGAUUUGGUUCUGGGUCUUCGCCUGGAUCUUCACGAUCGCCGAAUGUGUGGCAAAGUUACUGCCCGAGACGUUCACUACCGGCUCAGCGCCUACUCAACUGUCAACUGUCCAGAUCUUGAUCAAGUUGGUGCGAGCCAUGUUCGUCCAUAUAGUUAUCGUCACCACUAUGAGUAUCGGAGUCGGCAUUGCUAUCGCAUCGCACCAUUUCACGCACGACACGCUCAAGGCCGACGUGUACUGGCCCAUGAUGUGCUACAACUUCAUCCUGACCGUCACCGAUACUCACACGCGCUACAUUUUUAAGGUAGAGACUGUUAAUGGGCAGACGAAGGCGCUGCGUCAGAGUCGACGGGCGCGACAACUCACUACAGCGGCACCUUCUCCACGUCGGUCUCCUUCGUUGACUCAGUUCCUCCGAGUAUUUAAUCAAAACUUGGCGCUGGUCGUCUCUGGGCUAUCCGCAGGAGCUUUCGUGCACGUGGCCAGCUCAAUUGAAAUGAGGGAGAAGUGGCAGCUCGUAGUGUUCGCCAUGUGCAGCCAAACGCUCAAGUUCUUGAUCCAGGCGGCUGCAAAGUUGUACCUAGGGAGGCGAAAGCGGACCCCUUCACUCCGUACGAUGGCGAUCAUUAUGGCAGCUCCCACAAUUUUGGUCGACACCCAGCUACGAACAGUGAUUUUGUGUCUGGACAGUAAAUCUUUGACGCUGGCCGGCUCCUACCCCCUCCCACGGGUUAAGAUGAAUUCUGACGAUGGUUUGGUUGAAACGCUUCGCGCUCAAUCUCUGGUGGUGAGUACAGGGUCUCUGUCAUCGCCGGAACUGGAGGGCGUAGCUCGAGUCCAGAAGCUCACUGCACUCCACGCCGCCGAAGUUUACGCUGACAUGCAUGGGGAAUUCAUCGCGAUGUGCUGUGCGUACGUUAUCAUCAUCUGCUUCGGCUCAAAUCCAAGGUUUCUGCUGGGGGGGAACGCUUCGACCAGCACAACCCACAGUUUUGAGGUCACUACUGUACUGGUGCAAAUGGGUAUCGAGGUGGUUGCGGAUGUUAUUGCCAUCCCGAUGGAGAUCCGAUUUGGUGUACAUUUUGAGAAGUUACACAAGGACGACGCCUUCCUGGCCAUUUUCAUGGUCCUCGUCGCAGUUGUCAACAUCCACAUCGCUUCUGGUGUUUAUAUGCGUAUUUAA